AUGCACCCUCACUUCCGGUUAUUUUCUGUGCUCGCAACUGCGCUCGUCGGUCAGUUUAUUUCUUUGAACUCAAUCGGAGAAAGAGAGUCUCAGGACUGCGUUGUGAGUUUUCGGAUACCGGGAAACAGUACUUAUUGACACGUCACAACGAAUUGCGCUCACUGAUUGCCCUCGGAAAGUACGUUGCAUCGAAUACGACAAAGGAAUCUGCCACAAACAUGAUGAAGAUCAUUUGGGACGAAGAUCUAGAAUCAUCUGCUCAAAACUAUUCAUCCGGCUGCCCCUCAGGACAUUCCACAAACAGAAAAGACAUUGGAGAGAACAUGUACUGGUGGAUAUCUCCAGCAGACACCGAGACAAAUAUGGAUGUUCUGGGGAACAGAUCAUCCAAUCUGUGGCAGAGUGAGUUUCAGAGCUUCGGAUGGACGGAGAAUCGGUUGACACAGGAGACAUUCGAAACCGGAAUAGGCCACGCUUCACAGGUAAAGAACUGCGGGGAAUUAAGAAGACUGAACAUUUGUAGAUGGCCUGGGCCAACACACAAAAAGUUGGAUGCGGAGUAACCAAGUGCACCGGUGACUCCAUAUCAGGAACUGAAUACGUGGUAGUUUGCCAGUAUUCUCCGGCGUAGGUGAAGUAUUUAAUUUAUAUUGUACAGCAUGAAUUUCAGAGGGAACUACAUUGGGAGCAACAUUUACAAGGCAGGGAAGACAUGCUCAGAGUGUCCGGACGGAACUUCUUGCGAAUCGGACACUGGACUUUGUGUAUGA